AUGGACUCCAAGGCGUUUCAUACACUGCAGUAUCUGCAGCCUCAGCGCUUCUUUGGGGAUCGGCUCAGCCAGAUCCCUUCCGUAAAUCAGACUUGGAACUCGUCUUCGUUGUUCAAUGCAGCAAGCAAGCCCCGCGUUCCGAACGGGCCACUGGUCGGCCUCACUGAUCAAGCACGCCAUCACCCCAUCCUCGUCUGCUUGGUCGUGUUCGCUUUCGGCACUUCGUAUCUUCUCUUCAGAUACUGGGACUGUGCCAUCGGGUGCGAGCGUCGCUCCGAUCUUAAAGGCCCAAAGGGUCUACCACUCAUCGGUAACCUACUUUGGGCACUCAAGAACCGCGAUCCCCUCGGUUACCAGGUCUACGCUCAACAGAAGUACGGAUACGGUAACACUCACUCGCUUCCCGGUCUGGGUCGUCUGAUCGACAUAUCGCGUCCGGAUUGGAUCGAGCAUGUGCAGAAGACCAAGUUUGCCUCCUACGUCAAGGGAGAGCAGUUCCAUGACCAGAUGCGCGAUGUUCUCGGAGAUGGCAUCUUCACUUCGGACGGCGAGCGUUGGAAGAUGCAGCGCAAAGUUGCUUCGCGGAUCUUUACCGUCAGCUCAUUCAAGGCGAUCAUCACCCACACCAUCAGAGAAGACUGCAAGCUUGUGGAAAAGCUGAUCGAGUCGUAUGCCAAGGAUGGAAGCGUCUUUAACCUGCAAGAACUCUACUUCAAGUUCACGCUAAGCUCGUUUGUCAAGAUCGCCUUCAGCCAGGACAUCAAGGCGCUUUCCGAGCCCGACCGCCCCGACACCUUCGGAGAUGCAUUCAACUACGCGCAGAAGGUGCUGGACAUGCGCUUCGUACAGCCAUGGUGGAAGAUCGCCGAGCGUUUCAGCGAGACUGGCAAGAAGAUGCGUGCCGCAAGGAAGGUGGUUGAAGAGUUCACCAACAACAUCGUGGAAUCGCGCCGCAGUGAGACCGAGGCACUAGGCGAGAAAGCUAAGCCGGAAGGCAGUCGCAAGGAUUUGCUCGAUUUGUUCAUGGCCUACCGCUCUUCGGAUGGCCAGGGCUUGAGCAACCAGCAACUCAAGGACACCAUCUUGAAUCUCAUGAUUGCCGGUCGCGAUACCACAGCUGAAGCCUUGUCUUGGAUGUCUUGGCACAUGUUGACCAAGCCCGAUGUCUACUCUUCCAUUCGAGAAGAGAUCGACGCCUCGCUGGAAGCGGAUGGACAGCAAGAGGGCUUGGAGAUCGACUACGAUGUCUUUGAACAGCACACUGCUAAGCUGACGACCUUCCACGAGACGCUGCGGCUUCACCCUUCCAUCCCUAAAAACAUUCGUCGAGCUCUGCAGGACGACGUGCUUCCGAAUGGUGGACCUCGAGUCCGGAAGGGUGACCUCGUGCUCUAUUCUGAUUGGGCCAUGGCUCGCAACCCCGAGAUCUGGGGUCCUGACGCUUGCGAGUUCAAGCCAAGCCGAUGGAUCGACGACAAGACAGGCUCGACCGUCAAGUACUCUCAAUUCCAGGCGCACUUCUUCAAUGGCGGGCCAAGGUUGUGCCUUGGACAAAAGCUGGCAAGUUACGAGGUGGUGCAGCUGAUCCACCACAUCUUCGCCAAAUUUGAUCUGGAGCUUGUCGAUCACGGCCCUAAGAAAUCCGCUGGCUUCGACAAGGUGCCCGAUUACCUCAAUUCUCUCACGCACCCGAUGAAGCGUCCUCUCUUGGUCCGAGCUACGAUUCGGGCACACAAGGAAGAAACUCGUUAG